AUGGAAGAAGAAAAGGAGCAAGACCUCUCGCAUAUCCAUUGGCAAUGGCCCGAAGCCAUCGCCGCCAACCCCGCCCGCUCCCUAGCCAACGCCGACUUGGCAAUAGACUACUUUGCCUUCUCGCCCUUUUGGGACCCGCAAUCGAACAACGGCGUCCUCCGCACACAGAACAUCGCUACGCCCGGCUACGGAUCCGCACAAGAGAAGAUUGACCUUCUCGGUCUCACUGGUGGAUUCGAGUACGUCGAGGGGAAGAAGGAAGAGAAGAAGGACAACAAGAAAGACGACCUCGCUACCCCCGAUUGGCAUCUCUUCAAUGCUAUGGCUGCGACGCGCGCUGCCCUCCCAGGCCUCAAGACCCUUGCGGCUAGCGCCCGGCCCGAACACGAUACCGCGGCCGAGGCUAAGGCGCUCGAGGCGCUCGCCGCAUCGAGUGUACGUCGUCCCAAUGCUCCACCGCCCAACCGCCAGCCCUCACCGUUGCCCAUGGGCACGCCGGCCGGCGGCUUUGCGGCCCUCUCACCCAUCCAGGCCCAGGGUACCCCGAGCUUUACCCCGCGCUCGCGGAUCGGCAGCAUCUCCCUCGUGGGGGGCCUGAGCCGGCCUGCGUCGACGUUCGCCCCCUCCAUGCCUGCCGACUCGCCCAAGCUUUGA